AGGUCUACCAUAAUGUCACGAAAUCUUCCUGUUAUUACGAAACUUAACGGGAAUUUGUGUUUUGGAAGCAUUAUAUGUUAAACACAGUACUUAUUUCUUAAAAUACACACAAUUUGCGGUCAAUAUAACAAUUUGUGACUGCUGUAAAUACCAUAGAUUAGCCGUUAGCAACUCCGUCGUAUAGUCGACCGAACUUCUAGUUUGCACCGUGUCCGCUGUUGCAGAUGAUACGAAGGUUAAGGAAUUUGCGAAUAGAAGUUUUCGAGAAGUACUCAUUAUUAUAUUUCAAAAAAGUGCGCUGUAAAUAUGGAAUCCACAGGAGAGUUAGAGGCAGUCACAAUGUGUGAUGAAAUUGACAUCAAAGAGGAACCAAAAUUGGAAACCCCUGAAGAUCCUGAUGCACAUGACCCACUACAGCUGAAGAAAGAGGAAUCUCCGCCACAAGAAGAAACCAUUUCUCUACCUGAUGCAAUACACACAAAAAAAGAACCUGAACUCCAAAAGGAAGUAGAGGCAACAAGUUGUGGCAUUGAACCAAGAAGAUUCCAACUUCAGAACAAGAAUGGUAUGAUCCCCAUUGGAGAGGAGGACGACUACAGUGCCGAUGGCAGUGACGGUUUGGCUACCAGAGCUGGACUAGCUGCAGGAAAAGCCAACAUCGUACAGUGCACAACUAAGGCGGCAGCAUUCUCCACGCACAAAAGUGGUACACGACAUCUUGCGUACAGCUGUGCCACCUGCAAGAAGAAAUUUGCACAUUUGCAGGACCUGGAAGAACACAAACAUAUAGACAGCCGUGAAUUUCAGCAUUCGUGCACCGUGUGUCACAAAACAUUGAAAAGCAGCUCCACCUUGAAGGUCCACUUCCGUCUGCACAGUGGCGAACGCCCAUAUAGUUGUGGUGUGUGUCUGAAGACAUUCAGAACCAGCAGCGUCCUGAAGCUGCACUCGCGUCUGCAGACAGGCGAACGUCCUUACUCCUGUGAAGUGUGCCACAAGAAAUUCAUUAGAAACAGCUGUCUGAAGAAACAUUCGCGACUGCACAACGGCUUACAUCAGUUCACCUGUGGCACAUGUCUCAAAAUAUUCACGGAAAAGUGCCACCUUGAAAUCCAAUCGCAGGCCUUCAGUUGCAACUUUUGUCACAAGAAAUUCUUGUUUCCUAGCGGCUUGAACAACCACCUACUCCUGCACACUGGCGAACGUCCAUUGAACUGUUGCGUCUGCCACAAUACGUUCGCCGUAAGUUCGGUACUGCGGCGACCAUAGUAACUCGGACGAAUCCCCUUUUUGAUGUGACAUGGGCCAUAAGAGGUUAAUGAGCAGACAUUGCAUUAUGAUAAACAAGAAGUCUCACGUCUAAGACAUGUCUUAUGACUCUUGUUUAUACAUAUCAUGCCUUUUCUGAAACAUUGGAGCUGUUAAAGUUACUUGUUACCUGUCACGACUGGCCAUCACCACCAAGGAAAUGAAGUUACAACUGUCGCAAAAACACAAUCCCUAUUAGUGUGUGUGAUGAGUAUAUUUGUAUCUGCACUAGUGAUCAGGACGAAAACACAGUCGUCUUCACAGACGUUCCAUAAAAUUACUGUUGGCUCUGACUCCUAUUUAUCAUUACUGUGUUGUGUGACUGAAUAUCUUAGCCGGCCGCGGUGGUCUCGCGGUUCUAGGCGCGCAGUCUGGAGCCGUGCGGCUGCUGCGGUCGCAGGUUCGAAUCCUGCCUCGGGCAUGGAUGUGUGUACUGUCCUUA